UUCUCUUUCUUUCUCUAAGCUCUCCCACUCUCCGAUCUGUCUCUCUUUCUUUUUUUCUCUCUCUCUCUUUCUUUACCUAUCAUCUGUCUUCUUUGCUCCUCACACGCGUUUCCCUUACUCGCAAAGAUAUCUCUUUAACUUUUUCACCCGAAGUCUGUCCGUCACCGCACACUUCACACGCGACUGUCAACGCGCGGCGAACGGAUCGGAGCUCAGGAGCGCUGACCAUCCCCUCAGAGGAUUGAUGGAUGUAACACAAUAUCGGACACGUCCCGAUACAUCGGGAUAUCGUCUUCGUGGCGUGUCACGUGGAUCGACGGCUAAUCGGUGAUUCGGCGGAGUCUCAAUAGUUAGUUCAAUUCGGACACGGCGCGUUAUGGGACGUGCGUGUUCCGUGUGCUCGAUUGUCUGAACUAAACAAGCCCGUGCGAAUGUAUCUAUAUACAUAUAUACGGAUCCCGGUAUAAUCGCGGAGUGACUGGCGGAAGAGUGUGUGAAAAAAUUCACCGUGGAUCGGGUCGAUGAGCACAGAUCCAAAGAAACGUACUGACACUUUGCGCCGCUUGGUGGCAGUUCCAGUCCGGAAGGAGCUCAUAUGGAAUGGCAUCACGUGGACCGUCGUCGCUGUCGACGCUGUCGAUCGCUGCGAUAGCGAUGGCUGCCGUGAUGACAGCCGUGGCUAGCGGUCUCUGUCCGGCGCGAUGUCGAUGUGACGACGAGAGUCUGCGCGUCUCUUGCGCCUACGCCGGUCUCGAGGUUGUGCCGAUCCAACUGAACCCGGAGAUCCGUCACUUGGAUCUGUCCAACAAUCGCGUGGCCAGCGUGCAUCUCACUUUCAGUUUCUACGGCAAUCUCGAGAGCCUCGAUCUGAGCUCGAAUCUCAUUCACACAUUGGGUUUGGAGAAUUUCAGUCUACAGCAAAGCCUGAUCGUGUUGAACGUCAGUAACAACGCGAUACGAACACUGGCGAAGAACGCUCUGCGAGGACUGACGUCUCUGAAGGAACUGAAUCUUGCGAGGAACAAUAUCUCGCGGAUGGACGAUCAGGCGUUCAAAUACACUAGCGAAUUGGAAACGUUGAAUCUCAGCAACAACUCGAUCACAAGUCUGCCCGACGGUCUGCUGAGGAAUCUGCAUAAAAUACGACGUCUGAUUCUAAGCAAGAACUCGCUGUUAGAAGUACCAACGAGCAAUUUGGCUCUGGCGCCGAGCCUCGAGCAUUUGGAUUUAUCGGAUAACUUGAUACUGGAGCUCGCGCGGGAUUCUUUGCCGUCAUUACCGUCGCUGGUCUCUCUGAAUCUGUCCAACAACGUAAUCCGGAGCAUCGCCGAUGUCGCAUUCGAUCGUUUGCCGGAUCUCUUGUAUCUGGAUUUAUCUGGGAACAAUCUGACGUCCGUGCCUACGGCCGCUCUGGCCAGACUGAGCGUGCUGACGAAUCUCGUGUUGAGCACGAAUCGGCUCGGGUCUCUGGACGCGGUUGCCUUUCGCAAUCUUUUCGAGCUGAGAAAUCUUGAGCUGAACGACUGCACGAUCACGAGCGUGAACGCGCGGGCGUUCGCCGACAACGUGAACCUCGAGCGUAUCUCGAUGGACGGCAAUCGCGAAUUGAGCGAGCUGCCGGCCCGAGUUCUCUACGGGGCCCGUUACCUCAAGUGGGUCUCUCUGCGUCAGUGCAACCUGGCGACUCUGCAGCCGACGCAAUUUCCCGUUGACGGACUGUCGCAUCUGCGAGUCGGUGGCAAUCCUCUCGUGUGCAACUGUUCGGUGCACUGGCUGUGGAACGUGAUACGCGCCGAGCAGCGACGUAACGAGACGCGGCUCGAGCUGGACACCUACGACAUUUUAUGCAUCGACGAGGAAUUCGCCGGCAAGGCGUUGGUCGCGCUGUCCGAGGGCUCGCUGCGAUGUCGUCUGAGCCCGUUGUAUCUGUCGCUGUCGGCGGCCGGUUGUCUGGCGGUGGCCGCGACCGUGCUCGCCCUGAUCGCCCAUCUGACCCGCGCCAAGCGGAAAAGACGCGCGCUGGCGUACGCCGCGCCUAACCGUCCCGAGUUCCUGGUCUACGUCGGCAGGGAUAACAACGGGCUGGACAAAAACGCCGAGUCGUACAGCCGACGGUUGCUGGCCAGAAAUAACGAGGACAUUUCGUACGACUCGCCGCGCGGCAAGAUGAUGGCGGAGCGCAGUCCGCAACCCCAGGACACGAACAUUUACGAGACGCCGCGUUACGCCCGACCCGGACGUUACGACGAGCCGCCCUCGUACGGGAAACAGUUGGCGGAAGAAGGGGUGUACGCGGUGGCGGACGUAACCGAUCUCCGUGACGAACCGCCGGAGGUGUUGUCGUUGUAUCGCGCGCACAGUCCGACCGUCCCUUCGAGAUCGACGAACUCGUUGCGACGACCGGACUACGGUUACGAUUACGAGUACGAUUACGAUUACGAGUCGCAGCCGCCGCCACCGCUGCCACCACCGAUGUCCGAGAAACCGCACGUUGUCUUUGUAUGAGAGGGGGAGAAAAGUGAGUCGUAACACACAAGCGGUCCAGUUGUAGCGAUAAUCAGCGAGUCCAAGAUGACGCAGGGGAUGAAAUAAUCGUUAAACUAACUUCGUAUCACGGGCUUUUAACUGUCCAGAACAUCUCGGGAAGAGCUUUGCCUUGACUCCCGUCGGUGUCUCAUCGGCGUUAUCGCGCCGCGCGUUACGUAACAAGAACCAAAUAUACUGAAAUGUGAUGAAGCCGAGAAACACAAAACCCAUCCACUCGUGUAAAAAUUCUCGACUCCGUGAACACACAUCGUAAAAAUUGCACAAAACGUAUAAACAUUUUGCUUUGGAACGAUACAGCGCCGCGUGUCUACGGGAUGAAUGUCUAUGAUUCUUUUUGUUUGUACGUACGUAUGUGUUAUCUUUUUCCACAUUCAGACAAUCGGACACUCGUUUGCCGCUCCGGAACGAAGAUUAUUCUUUCACGCUUGAUACCAAACUCGGACCAUCAGCUCUGUGAGCCUCUACUGGCAUAUUGAAAAAUACCAAAUCCCAAUUGCUGUUUGCAUCAGAGUACAAAAAUGUAGCUUUGUUCGCUCUUAUCUCGCGCUCGCUCUGUUUGGCGGUUCAACAGACAGCUCUUUAAAAAAAUAUUCAACAACAAAUUCGAUAUCUACGGAGGAACGUCAUUCUUGAAGAAUCGUAGACAUUCUCUUCGGGCUGUUAUUGUACGUACAACUAAGGUGCUAUCGUUGUUACCGGGCAUUGUCCAGUAAUGUAAUCGCGUUUAUUAGGUCAAACGUUUGAGCAAUAGAUUGACAAGUAUAUGAGAAAAAAGAAGAGAGAAAGAUAAGAAAAAUUCACGUCUCAUCGGUUUUGUGAGACCGGCGAGAUCGACCUUAGCAUGUAACAUCGAUUUUUCGACUUGCUAAAUAAUCGGUAUCAUCAUCUAUGAGGGGAGAGGAAACAGAAGCGGAUUAUUCGAGAUUCUAUUGCUCAGGCGAGAACGAAUAACGCGUCGUACAAUUUUGUUCGUAAGAAAUCAGGCAGAUUACGUGACACGACACGGCGGAAAUUAUUCCCUUGGGACAAACAGAAGCAAACCGUGGACGAGUGAAAAUGAAAUGUCUUCCGAGAUAGUUGUGUCGCUACUGUUACUAGAGAGAAUGAGAGAGUGAGAGUAUGAAAGAGAGAGAGAGAGAGAGAGAGCGCCAGAAUGCAUUCUCACUGAGAAACACAAUCUGACUCGGAAUGUAAAUUGUGCGGGAGCGUAAGAGCACGUUAUAUUGGACGAGCUCGUGGAGAUCGAGAGCACGGGAGACCCGUAUUUAUUUUCGCGAUUGCGCUAGUAGAAAAUCUGUUGGCUCAGUGCGAAUGCAGCGGCUCGAUUUUGUCAGACGAGGCGAGGAGUUUAUUUCGUCAAGUCCGUUCGUGAACGUAGUAGUAGUGACGAAUUUGAAUCAAAGCUGCGUCGCGUGUUAGUCGAUUAAAGAUCCUUGUAGAGACUCUUCUAGUUACCUAGAGAUUUAGUCUUGUGUCAAGUCCGUUCCACAGGCUGAGAAAGAUCGAGAGUUUGCAACUCUCUCUCACAAGUAUGAUGUAUUAUAACCGUCGGCCACGGCAAUCGCCUGCAAACACCUACACGGUUAAGAAAAAAAUUAAUAAAAAGGCUCUUGUGUAUUGUCGUCCGGAUAUGUAUCUGAGUAUCCGAGAUAUUUCUCGAAAGACACUCUUUCUCGGACUCGAUUCGCUAAUGUCCGCGUCCAAAUAUUGGAGUGUUUGGGAAAUAUAUACGUAUAUACAUACAUAUAUAUAUAUAUAUAGUAACUCGAUUAUAUUUAAAUAUAUAAAAUUUUACAAGUAAAAUUAUUUGACUAAUAAAUAUAGAGAUGACGAAUAUAAACAAUUUGGAUUUUUAUAUAGUAGUAGCUACACACAUGUAUAAAACUAAUUUGAAUACUUGUAUUGCUAACAGUUACAAAGAGACAAAUGUGUAAUGCUCUAAAUUUUGUGUUUGUUUGUUUUUUUUGUUUUGUUUUAUAUACUAUAUCCGGAUCUAUAAAUCGAGCGAGUAUCCGGAUACUCGGGUAAUGAAAGUUCGCACAUUUGAUCAGCGACGAGAAUGUUUAUUAAAUAAAAGAGCUGUGAAUUGUUUGCCGAACAAUAUUGCGUUACGCGUUCUUUCACACGCUUAAAGGGAGCAAAUUACGUUUCUACGCGGGUCGCAAAUCCGACAUUUUCCUCUCUUUUGCGACCGAGGAGGAGAGAAUUUCUCGCUCGUACGUAAAAAAAAAUUGUUGUAAAUUGAAGCAAUAAUAGUUAUGUCCUUUUACGAUGUAAGCACACGUUUAUCACACCGAAUACCGAGGUAAUUAAGAAUUACACACAAGACACACGUUUAUACAAAGAGCAUAUAACGAAGCGAAUAUAUACAAAAAUACAAAUAUAUAAAUAUAAAUAUUUAUAUAUUUAUUUAUUUAAUUUAUGAUAUUAAGUUUUGAAACCAAAAAUGUUACGUUUUGAAUAUAAAAAUUAUACUGAAUGCAAUACGUUUCCUUUAUAUGAAAAUCACAGACUCUCGUACUUGUGAUUCGUCAUAACGAUUUUCCCAAGUGACAUGAUAAGACACUUUGUGUAUCCCCGCACGUACGCACAUCCCUGAUAUCACAUAGAAUGACAAUGAGAAAAGUCUUCGCACGAAUUCGCGAUUGCGGUCCUGAAAUAUUUGUUCGUACAUAUUUUUAGCGUACGUCUCGAAACGCGUCCCAACGAAACCCAACAGAAAAUGCAAAACCUUCUAAUUGGAUCCGCUUGUGAGACAAUUUCGCGAAUCAUCAGCUCAAGUCAAAAUCCGGAAAUUGAGUCCUUGCUAAUGAAUCGCAUUUGUUAUUUUCGCUAGAAAUAUUAGAUCUGAAAAAAAAUAUUUUGUCGUAUUCCUCUUCCCUUAUCCUCUUUCUUGCUCGGUUAGCCGAGAUUUCUCUGGUGGCACUUUGCUCGACUCGUUAGUCACGGUAGUUAGUCAUGCUAUGUGCAUCUUGUCUAGAGAACAACCAACAGGAAGAUGUGAGAGGAAAAGAAAGAGAGGAGAGGCUUGCAAAGGGGGUCGACGGGACUGGCGUUCUCUGAGAGGGGUGAAAGUCUCACAGACGUCGGUUUUUUUUUUUUUUUUUUUUUUUUUACUCUCGUUUUUCUCUUCCUUUUCUCAAUCGUCGCAUCCCCUUUCCUAUCCGGGAACCUCGCUUCGUGGAUUUGGACGUGUUUGAGACGUACUUUCGAACUGCUCGACGGCUAUUUUUGUAUAUAUACAUACACAGACCGUGUAAUGUCGAAUGUAUAGCAUAGUCGGCGUUACAGAAUGGUUGAGAUACCUUUAAUUUCCACGUGGGGAAUACCUCUAUAUUGGAUAUACAUACAUAACAUUUUUUAUACAUAAGUAUUUUAUAUACAAUAAUAUUUUA